UUCAAAUUUUGUUUGGGCAAACAAAAAAUGCUUAGUAAAAAAAAUCAACUUUCAGCUGCUGUCAGUAGCAAAAAAUACAGAUUGCGUAUGGAUAGUAAUUAUAUAAAGUAAAUAUAUAAUGGCACAGAAUGGUAGACUUUCGUUUAUAGCCGAAUGGUUUCAUGUUGAAGCUGGAAUAACACGCAGUUACUUAUUAACAUACUAUCUGAGCGACAAUGCCGUUGAAUUGUAUGAUCAGCGCAGUAAGAAAACCUUCUUGCGACGCACCAAAAUUCCCGAGUUAACGCCGCGCGAUUUCUUUGUGGGCUCAAAAAUCAACGUGUUUGGGCGACCCUUUGAUAUUGUCGACUAUGCGGACGAGAUAUCACGGAAUACGUUGGCCAAAUAUCGGAAGCGGGGCUUUGUGCUCCUAAAGAGCUCCAUGUGGCCAAAGUACUUGGGUGAGUUUGUCACAACGCUCAUUGACAACAAGAUCAACAUCAACAACGGCCAAAUGGUUCAGUUUACGCCGACCACUGUGACGCAGUUUUUGUCCAGCAAACAGGACGAGGAUGUGCAGACAUCCGUCUUGAUGAACGAGCUACUGGCUGGACCGGCUAUUAGCUUGGAGCUCAUAGGCGAUAAUGUGGUGGAGAUUAUAUAUGCCUGUUCAAAGUACAAUACAGAGAAGGCUUCAACCACCAUCGUGUUGUCGCCCAGCCUGCAGCAUCUGUUUGACCGCGAGGAUGUUCGCUAUGGUAUCUAUUGCUCCCAACGCGAAGAGAAUGUGGGCAAGGACUUAAAGUUCUUUUUUGAGGAACGUCACAAUAUUAUCAAGGACUGUCAGUUCAAAAACACCACACUGGCCAUUAUAAAGCCUCACAUAAUCAAGGACGGGCUUCUGGGUCAAAUUCUCAAGGAGAUCCUAUCGUCUGGCUUUAAGGUAACAGCCAUGCGCAUGCUGCUCAUGGCGCGAGUCAAUUGUGAGGAAUUCUAUGAAGUCUACCGCGGUGUACUGCCAGAAUUUAUACCCAUGGUGGCUCAGCUGGCAAGCGGUGUAUGCAUGUGUCUGGAAGUCGCUUGCGAGGAUCCAGAGAAGAACUCGCACCAGGAAUUCCGCAACUUUUGUGGUCCAAUGGAUCCAGAAAUUGCCAAGCUAUUGCGUCCACAUACACUGCGCUCCAAGUUCGGCAGCUCCAAGGUGCUGAAUGGCAUUCACUGCACCGAUCUGAGCGAUGAUACAAACCUUGAACUGCAGUAUAUGUUCAAGAUUCUAGAGUGAUCCCAAUUCCCUAUAUUGUUCAGUUUUUUUUUAUUUGUCAUUCGACCUAGGUGUACGUGUGUGUGUGU